AUGGAGAAGACGAAGAUGAAGAAGACGAAGACGAAGACGAAGGUCACGAAGCCGAAGAAAGGCGAAGGCCAGAAUAACAAGACCUCCAUAUGGAUCAUGCGAUCACAGAUCAUGGGAACUGGCGGCUACAACCCGCGUGACCACGCGCCACCACCGAGCACUCGGAGGAAGAAGGCUGAGCUGACAGCUGUACCUGCGUGCUGCGCGACAUCAACGCUGGCGGCCAUGUUUCAUCUGCUCGGAGGCUCCGCUUCCAACUCCGCCUCCAUCUCACGCUUCCAACCAGGAUAG